AUGGAGAAUUCUGAAAAGACAAUAAGAGGACUUGCAUUCUCCGGUCCAGAAGACGACGCACUAUGCAAGGCAUUUUUGUAUGUAAGUCAAGAUUCUGCUAUUGGGUCCGGGCAAACAAAGGUUGUAUUUUGGCGACGAAUUCAUGCAAAAUGGGAAGAAUUGUAUGUUGCAGAAACAGGGCUUGCCCCAAAGAGAGUACCAGGUAGUCUCCGUGCUCGAUUCAAAGCUAUAAAAACUCAGUGUACUAAAUAUGCUGCAAGAGUAACAGAGACAAAACGAAGACGGAUUAGCGGUUUUACUGAAGCCGACAUUAUGGAACAAGCAAAUAUAAGCUUUAAAAAUAAGGAGAAAACUGUGUUUGCUCAUCAUCAUUGUUGGAGAUAUUUGAAAGAUGCUAUUACAUGGAAAAUUCCUGCGGGAACCGACAACAACUCACUCUACGGCAAUUCAUCGUCGCAGUUUACCGAAACAGAAGAAACACACACUUCACUUGAUGGAGAUGGAGAUGAAGAGCCGCCGGUUAGUAUUCCGGCCACUAACCCCAAUCAAAGGCCCAUCGGGAAAAAGGCUGCAAAGAGGAAGAUUAUUGAAGAGGGGCAAGCUUCUGAUAUGGCUCAAGAACUUCGGCGAUAUAAUAACAUCAUGGAAGCUGAAGCUAUUAGGAAGAAAGAGAAGGACAAACAUAUGAUACGAGUAUUUCAAGAGUCCGCAAGACGGGAAGAAGAAAAGGCAGAUUUGGAGUAUUUGAAAAUAGAUACCACCUAUAUGCCUCCAGAGCAGAGAGAAUUCUUCGAGCAUAAGAAAACUGAGAUUUAUAAUAAAAUGAGAUUCCGUGGCUCCGAUUCCUCAAGCUCCGGUAACCCAUCAGUAACCUCAGACUUCGAUACGUCAUCAGAAUAUCAUGUUGAUCCGAAUCCUGGUCCAUAUUGA